CAAAUAUCAAUUCGUACUUGUGCGCUUCUCAUUCAUCAUAAGCUCACUGCUUCCUAUAUUGCUUGAUAUUUCACUACCUAGAAUUACAGCAUCGCGAAUACCGGACACCGACCAGCCAUAUACUUACCCCACUAAACACCUUCACACACAGCAGCAGCAGCAGCAGCAGCAGCAAGCAACCGCAAAUAUGACACCCAAAUACCCCACACUCACCCCCGAGCACAUUGCUCAAUUCCGCGAAGUCUUUGACAUCUUCGACAAGGACCACACGGGCGACAUCACCGCCGAAGAGCUGGGCGUCGUCAUGCGCGAGCUGGGUCUGAACCCCUCCAAGGCCGAGCUCGAGGACCUGGUCAACGAGGCCGACAUCAACAAGGACGGCGUCAUCAACUUUGAGGAGUUUCUCAAUCUCAUGUCGCAGUCCGUCAAAGAAACCGAUUCCGAAAAGGAGCUGCUGGAGGCCUUCAAGGUGUUUGACAAGGACAAUUCGGGCACCAUUUCGACCGAGGAGCUUAGGGCCGUCCUCAAAAGUCUGGGCGAGGACAUGACGGAUGCGGAUGUGGAUGAGAUGAUCAAGUUGGCGGAUAAGAAUGGGGACGGGCAGAUUGAUUAUGCCGAGUUUGCUCAGAUCAUGAAAUAAGCGAGCUGAGGCCGUGAAAGCGAUACACACCACGGGGCAGGUUUCACUUUAGUCACCUCAAGGGUGACAAACUACACGCCAAAUCAACGAGCGAUAUCGGACACGCAGAAACGGGCGCACACGCGCUGCGGAAAGGACAGAGAGCCUGGCAGCUUAGGAGCGGGCAGGCCAGGCUGCAGG